GUCCAUGGUGAGGCAGUCAUACCUGCCUCAUUAAACCCAGGGCCCGCGGAUGACACUAGAGCCCAGAAUGCCUUCCAGCUUACCACAACCUGUUAGUCCAGUGUGUUAUGCAUGCGUCUGCCGUCGUCUUUACUAGUGUUUAGCUGGCUGACAGGGUCGCGCCCUCUUGUACGUCUGGUUCCACUUAAUUCAUCCGCGAAAGAAAACACCUGUCAUGUGGGUGUGCUAUCCUGCGUGGGGCCACGCACAGGGUAAAAGCUGUGCAAAGUCAGGAACAGGAAGAAGUUCAGAGGGAAUAGAGGAAGGACGAAGUGUAUCCCAAUGGGAUUUGAGGGCUACAGGGAAGCCCCAGUAGUAAGGUGUUGAGAGGUCACUUUAGGCAGGGAUGAGAUCCAUUUUACAACUGACAGAGUUUCUAGAUCAUCCGAGCUGUCCUGAAGGAAUGCGUUCUCAGUUUCAGGGUUGAGUCCAGGAGGGGAGGUCACUGGUUGGGGGGGGGUCCCUCCCAAUGGGAGCAUGAUUCAGGGCUAGGUCUGCAUGCCCAGGGCCUGACUUCUGUUCGUGCCUCUCUGGGCAAUGUGUGGAGCUUGUGGCAGAUACAUAGGGGAGAAGCCAUUGAACCUGAGGCCCAGAGACAGAAAGUAACUUACUUGAACUGCAAAAACCAUGGGCCGCUCUGGAUUGUGAAGCCGAUGCCAAAAACCAAGAUGGCCUUGAAGAGUGCUCUGCUCACCCCCACCCCCACACACACCUUGGUGGAGGGUGGUGGAUAUGGAGAAAGUUCUGUGGACUGGAACUCAGGGAUCCUUCUGCCUUAGCCCUGGGGCUGGAACGGCAGUUAUGUAGCAGGUUUUUACUGCUGAGGACCUGGACCCGCUGGGAGGCUUGCCAUGGUAACAGAACAGGAGGUAGAGGCCAUAGGGAAAGCCCUAGUGGACUCCACGCAGCCCCUGCAGGCCCGCUUCCGUGCCCUGUUUACCCUGCGGGGACUUGGUGGCCCCGAUGCUAUCUCCUGGAUCAGCCGAGGCUUUGGGGACAGCUCUGCCCUUCUGAAGCACGAGCUAGCCUACUGCCUGGGCCAGAUGAGGGACCCACGAGCCAUCCCUGUGCUGGUGUCUGUCCUGCAGGACAGGAACCAGGAGCCCAUGGUGCGUCAUGAGGCAGGGGAAGCACUGGGGGCGAUUGGUAACCCGGAAGUUCUAGGCCUCCUGAAGCAGUAUUCCACCGACCCAGUGGUUGAGGUGGCUGAGACGUGCCAGCUCGCUGUUAGGCGUCUAGAGUGGCUACAGCAGCACCCGGGGGAGGCCACAUGUGCAGGACCCUACCUCUCAGUAGACCCUGCACCCCCUGCGGCAGAAGGUGAUGUGGGGCGGCUGCGGGAGACCCUGCUGGAUGAGGCGCAGCCACUCUUCGAGCGUUACCGUGCCAUGUUUGCCCUGCGCAAUGUGGGUGGCAAGGAGGCUGCCUUGGCCCUGGCUGAAGGCCUGAAGUGUGGCAGUGCGCUCUUCCGACACGAGGUGGGCUAUGUGCUAGGUCAGCUGCAGCACGAAGCAGCCGUGUCUGAACUGGCAGCCACAUUGGCACGGACCACUGAGAGCCCCAUGGUACGACAUGAGUGCGCAGAGGCCCUGGGUGCCAUCGCCAGGCCUGCUUGCCUGGCUGCACUGCGGGAGUACAUCACGGACCCUGAGCGAGUGGUGCGGGAGAGCUGCGAGGUAGCACUGGACAUGUACGAGUAUGAAAAUGGCCAGGACUUCCAGUACGCAGACGGGCUCGAGCGCCUGAGGCCACCGCCCUGACAUGGCACCCGGCUCACCCAGCAGCACCCAGGACUCUGCCCGGCACCUGGUCACCUGCUGGGACUAUCACCUGUCCUGUGCUCUGGGGCUGCCUCCCCCGCCCACCACGGCCCUGGCCACAUGGACUGUGUGGCCCUCUGCUGGCUGUGCCUCCCAUCUAGAUUAGGGAGCAAGUAGCCAAGGGAGGGGCCUUGCUUCCCACUCUGUGUUCCUGCCCUGCUGGGUGCUGGUGGGCAGUGCCACCCCAUGCUGUCUGCUCUGUGAUUCUGUCCCUCGCGCCCUCCACACCAGCACAGAUGGCAGUGCAGAAGCUUGCGGGCAUUAGGAAUGACUCAGCUCAGGAAGCUGUGGGGAAAGUUGUGGGGCCUGGGGCAGGGGUGAUGGUUCUGAGUCCAUAGGGGUCAGGCGUGGGGGGGUGCACCUCACAUCUGGGUCAAGCAGGGAGCACAAGCCAGUUCCAGGGUGCUGCAUGAAUAAAAUAAGUUAUUUCUCACAA